CCAUUAAAACUUCUCAAACUGCCAUCUCUCUCCCGGGCGGUGGACUCUCCUUUUCAGAUUCUCUCUUCCGUUUCCCUUUUCCAUUUCCGUGAUCCCUAUGUUUGAUUUUCAAAUUAAUUAGUGCCAAGUAAUAAUUCAUCUAAACUUUGCAAGCCAAAACCAAUCUCCACUAUCUAGGCUUGCGAUCAAUCGGAUCAGAUGCAGAAUGAUGGCUCCAAUAAAGCAAGCACCACAACUGGUAGUAACCAGUGUGGUAAUUUACUCUCACCUGAGCUCGACCUUGAGAAGCAGGACAACCCCCAAUUGUUGCCGCAACUGGGCAGCAACGGUGCCGUAUCGGAGAGUUCUACCCUUGAGCCCAAUCCCACAAUUCUCACCAUCAUAGUUUCUAAUGCUGAUUCUCAUGUGGACCCUUCUAAGGAGGAAUUGCCCAGCGUGGAUUCUCCCAAAAAGGGAUACUUGUCGAGGACUGCGAGCUCUCAUGAACAGUGCAGAGUUUGUCAGCAGGAGAGGGAAGAAGUUCUCAUAGAUCUUGGAUGCAAAUGUAAAGGUGGUCUUGCAAAAGCCCACCGCUCAUGCAUAGACACUUGGUUUCAUACGAGAGGAUCAAACAAAUGUGAGAUAUGCCAAGAGAUAGCUGUAAAUGUGUCACCUCCAGAAUCUCAGCCAAGUGCAAACUACUGGGUUUGGAGGAUUGACCCAACCUUCAGACCACGAGAUCCUGAAAGAGUAAGGAGGGUUGUUUUAGUCCACUUUGGGUGGCAUUCUCAAUUCUUAUUGGUGGUCUCUUGUUGGAUGUUCUGAUAUCCAUUACACUUGGUGUUUCUGCCCUGCCUGUUAAUAUUAUAAUCGAGUCUUUCCACAGGCGUUAUUGUUGUGCUUGGACUUGGAACUGCCCUUAGGCUAGCCUUGGAAUUCUGCCAUGAGUGGAGUUUCAGGAGAGUAGUGCAGAGGGUGGAUGUGUGAAUCUCCGGUACCAUCCUGCUUUUUAGGUAAAUCUGUAUAGAACUCUUAAUUUAUUGUGUAUUGUAUAUAAAAUAUUAUCCUUGCUGUUUGUUUAGUUUGGGUGGCACUGGUGUUGAUUGCUGCAUAGCCUACUCACAUUUGAUACCCCUAUUAUGUCGGGGAAGUUCAUUUUCCUUGGCAUGAAUUCAAAUUGUAUUCAGUUGAAUUUUAAAAUGGAUUGUCUCCGAA